AUGUCCGGCCCAGCAGGCGAUCAGAGUCUUUCAACGAGCUUGAGCUUCUUGACAGAUGCCGCGCACCUCCUGUCAAAAACGUCGCCUGAGGUAUCGGCGCAUCUCAUGACGCAGCGAAAUGCUCUAAUGUUCAGUAACGACCUUCCCACGUCAGAUGUCCAACGGCAACAUGUCUGUGGUUGCUGUGGCCACAUUAUGAUUCUUGGGCAAGGAAGCACCUUGAAGCUGGAUGUCGAGAAUGCCACUCAAAAGAGUCGCAAUUCACGACGUAUCAAGGAUGUAAAGCCAGGCGCCCCCUCCAGCCGUGGUGAAGGGAGACAGAAGCAUAUGACCUGCGGCAUGUGUGGGCGAUACACAAACAUCACACUGCCUAUAGCACCUGCCAUUGCCCGACGCACCAGAUCAACGGCAAGGUCAUCGCACGCCCCUCCCUCUUUCGCCCCGUCUUCGCUGCCACCAGCAACCGAUCAAGUUGCAAAAGGUUCAGCCAAUGCUAGAAGUAAACAGAGGGCAAAGGACAGAAAGAAGCAGGGUCUCCAGGCUUUGCUUCAGCAAUCCCAAUCUUCCUCCAACCCUGUGGGGUUUGGUCUGAGCCUGUCAGAUUUCAUGCAGAAAUGA